AUGGUAUCUGGAUCUCCCCCACGCAACGCGGCCGGCAGCCUGGUCUAUUGGGACGGCAUAGACGGUCACCAUUCCACCAUAUCCACCCCGACCGCGGCCGUAAAUCUCGAAGACACGAAAGGCGAUGGAUUGGAACGAGGGAGGUCGAUGUAUGUUAUUCUGUUUGAAGAGAUGUUAUACGCUAUUUUCCCGCUCGAAGAGCGUCUGUUUACCUUGGAUGAACAGGCACUUCUGGGAUCCUACGAAGCGCUCACCUACGAGGCGAAGUACCUCCUCAUACGCUUGUGCCUGCGUAAAGCAAAUUGCUGGCAUCGACUCGAUGCGCUUAACUACCAGAGCGAGCUUGGAGAUAUUGUUUCCGUGAUCAAUGCGCUUUGCGGUUUCACUGCCGCCAAGCCAGCUGAAGAGGUGAUAGUGAAGACGGAGGAGGUUGUUGUUGAUCCCAUCAGUGAUGACGAAGACGGCGUUCCUAAAGCUAGCCUCUCGAAAUUGAAGCUACCAGCGGCCAACGAGGCUCCGUGUGCUGUUUUUGCGGAUGACGAAUCACAGGCAAAGUUGGAGGACUUGCUGCAGUGUCUCACGUUGCCAGAACUCAAGACCAUUGCUCAGCAAUUCAAAGUCAAGAAGAUCACUGUAUCGCGGGACACGCUCAUCAGCGCUCUGCUUGCGAAUUCGUCAACUCAAAGCACUCUAACGUUUCCACGUCAAGAGAAGGGAAAGAUGGUGCAGACGAAGCUGUCAUUUCCCUCUACUCGGAUUACACAAACACACCGACUUCGGCAGAUUGUCAUGAAGACUCUAAAAAAAUGUGUGAGGAUCAAGGAGGAAGUCCUUACUUUAUUUCGUCGCCUAAACCUGGUUUAUUUUCGCAGCACACAGCACACACCCACGCUUCUUACGCCGUCUAUACUUGCGCGCGCUCAUAAGCGAACGUAUCCAUCCUAUCAGCUGACGCGGACUGGGAGCAUUUGGUUGUCACGAGAUGCGCUGAUUAAAUAUGAAGAAGCUCUCCUGCAUGAAGCUAAGGUGGAUGCCUUCUUAGAAGGCACUGGGAUGAGUUCAACAGCGCGUAGCCGAUCUACAGUUGGUCAAACUCCUGGGCCAUUGGGCCAGCGCCUGCCAACCUCGGUGAUGAAGAGCGAGCAGAUGAACUCUGCGCUUGGGGAUCAUCUCGACGAAGAUCAAGAUACACAACGUCAGCGGAAUGCCCGCGCUGUCAAGGAGAUCUUCGAAAAGAUUUAUCCUGAGUGGCUAGACAUGUCCAAGAUCAAGGAGGAGCGCAUUCAGACGCAUGGGCUUGAGCGAUUUGAUUGUGGACAUAUCCUCACGCGGAUAGUCUGUAAGGGCGCAUCCGCUCUAGGCAUCUUGAGGGAGUAUGAGAAAGAGCUGGAAGUCAUCGAAUCCCUGCUCCGCCAACGGAGAUGGCGCAGGGGACGUCGGGGGCGAUGGCACGAACGGCGUGCGCUGAUACUCAUGACCCAUUUUGGGAAGACGCAGGAAGCGUACGAUCGCGCGAUAAAGGCCGUGCGGGAGGCGAUUCUGGACGAAGAUACCCACACAGUAUAUCGGCCGAAGUUGGAGCGGAGACUCACCAUUCUUGAGAAGCGUCUGAAGAUUCCGGAGGAAAAUCGGCACGUAUGCGAAGGGAAGCUUAGUAAAGCUGAGAAGAUUGCCAUUACAGGCGUGCGGGUCUACCAUCGCGCAGAGAGUAUGCGGCUCAAUCAGCUUGGGCGAGUCGUCAAUAAGCCACCACUCGUAACCGUGAAGGAGUCAACGGGAGCGGGCCGGGUCCAGUUGUCUCUUCCGUGGGUCACUGUAAACGAGUCGCCGCAGAAGGUGCGUGCACAGGACAAGGACAAAGCAGCCGGGAAGUCUGUCUGGCGCGGCCGUGAUCAAGAAGAAGUGAGCGUAGAGAUACUCGCGUUGCAGCACUAUGAGAAUCAAGGCUACAGAGGGUUCCACUGCGAAGGGCGAAUCCUCACUACGCUAUAUGGGCUUCUCUUCUGGGACAUCAUAUUCGCGGACAUACCCGGGGCGUUCGAGACAGCAUACCAGUCCGCGCCGCUGGACAUUGCAGAAGAUACGUUCUACUUCUCGCGGAAGGACCUGGCGGAUAGGCGGCUGCAGGAAUUGCAGGACGGCCGUGCGGAGGAAAUCCUCGAGCGUGUGUACGAUGCACAUGCGGAGACGCAGACGUGGUGUGUAGGCAUCCGGUGGGACCUGUUUCAGAAGCAAGACCUGCUGGAGAUCGCGAGAUGCCUGGGUGGCUCAGCUCUGGCGGACAUCUGUCGCCUGUUGUGUGAAGAUUAUCCCGGACGGGCCAGCGGUGUGCCUGAUCUCGUCGUCUGGAAUGCCGACGAAGGUAUGUGCAAAUUCGUCGAGGUCAAGGGUCCUGGAGAUACUCUGCAGGAGAACCAGAGGGUGUGGAUAGACGUCCUGUUGCGAGCCGGGGUUGCCGUUGAGGAAUGCCGCGUCGAAGAACAAGGCCCCAAAGACGUGGCGUCCCCCCAGAGGCCCAAGUCGAAGAGCAAGAAGCAGCCCGACCAGCCCCCGAAGAGGAAACGGGAGCAGUCCGACUCGGAACGCGAAGUCCUGACCAUCGAGAGCGAGGACGAACCUGAGGAAGUGGACUACUCGCAGCUGGACCUCAAGCCCGAUGCUAGUGAAAGUGAAGAGGGAACACAUGAAACACGGGAGGAUACAGCCGUCGUGCAGUCUCCGAGGAAGCAGCCGAUGCGUUUGGCGGCGCUACACGCGGAGGCUAGAAUCAAGGCUCUGCCGCCGAUACCCCCUCCAGAGUCACCACGCAAGAAGAGGAAGAGGUUGUUGUAG